AUGAUGGGCUUCCUACGCCGGACGUUCAGCCACCGCUCGCGCAGACGGUUUCAGACAGCGGACGAACGGGACGGGAAAGGAAGAGGGGGAACCGGGAACCCCGCGCUCCUCGCGCACCAGCAGCAGGUCGUCCACGCGCCCGCCGUGGUGACCGGGGGAGCGGCCGUGCACAUCCCAGCGGCUGGGACCGACAAGGAUGCAAUCACCUGCCGCGUGCUGCUGCUGGAUGGGUCGGACGUUAACGUGGAUAUACCAAAAAGGUCAAAGGGCCUGGAGCUGUUUGACCAGAUCAGGUAUCAUCUGGACCUGGUGGAGGCUGACUACUUUGGACUGCAGUUCAUGGACCCAGAACAAGUCUCACACUGGCUGGAUGUGUCCAAGCCCAUAAAGAAACAGAUCAGAGAUGGUCCUCCAUACAGACUGUUCUUCAGGGUGAAGUUCUACUCCUCAGAGCCCAAUAACCUACAUGAGGAGUUCACCAGGUACCUGUUUGUGCUGCAGCUUCGACAAGACAUUCUGUCCGGCAAGUUAAAGUGUCCAUAUGAUGUCUCAGUAGACCUGGGGGCCUACUGCUUACAGAGUGAGCUGGGGGACUGUGACCCUCUAGAGCAUUCUCCUGAGCUGGUGUCAGAGUUCCGCUUCACACCCAAACAGAGUGAGACCAUGGAGGCAGACAUCUUUAACAAGUGGGUGGACCUAAGGGGUAAGGAUCCAUCCCAGGCAGAGACAAACUUCCUCAACAAGUGUAAAUGGCUGGAGCUGUACGGAGUGGACAUGCACUUUGUCAAGGGAAGGGACGGAGCGGAGUACGCUCUGGGUCUCACUCCCACUGGCAUCCUGGUGUUUGAGGGCUCCACCAAGAUAGGCCUCUUCUUCUGGCCCAAGAUCACCCACCUGGAUUUCAAAAAGAGUCGACUCACCCUAGUGGUGACGGAGGACGAUGAUCAGGGGCGGGAGCAGGAGCACACCUUUGUGUUCCAAUUGGACAGUUCGAAGACGUGUAAACACUUGUGGAAAUGUGCUGUGGAGAGCCACGCCUUCUUCCGGCUGCGCCAGCCCACUGCUGGGAAGGCCUCCAGCAGUGACUUCACACGCCUUGGAUCACGCUUCAGGUUCAGUGGAAAGACUGAGUACCAGGCGACCCACGGAGGGAGGCUGAGGGCCAGUACGUUUGAGAGGCGACCCAGCAAGAGAUACCCCUCCCGCACUCACUCACUGGGGGGCAAGGCCCUCUCUCCAGCCAAACCACCACAUAUCAGGUGGGUCCCUGAGAGCACAGGACAACCAAGCAUGUACAGAGCCCUUAGAAACGCCCACACCAGCCCCGAACCUAGUCUACACCCGUACCAGCGUAACAUCCCUAUAGCCCAUGAGCCUUGGCACCCAGCCCUCACACCCCCCAUCUACCUACAACACUCAGGACACACAUCCCCGCACAGUUUCCCUCUGAGUGGUCCUGUCCUGGGAGGGGAGCAGCAGUUCAGUGUUGAGGAGAACGAGACGCCGUACUCUGGAAGCAUACACCAUCGCCACCGCAGACACACACACUACGACAACAGCCAGGAGACUUACUGUCACACACACAGCAAGAACAAACACAGAGCCCCUCCCUGUCCUGUAGAUGAGUUGGAGCUCUGUCUGCUCAACCCCCUGGAGACAGACAGCAACACCUCUCCCUGGCCUUCACUACAUGUCAACAUGGACAACAAGGCAGAGGAGAAGCAGUUGUCUGAGAAGUCUCUCCAGCCCUCUUCUCCCCGCAGCCCUCCAGACCAUCUCAAGUGUAACAUCUUCAAAGCUCAGAUGGAGGCUGUCUUUAGAGAUGCUCCGCUGACGCCCAGAGGGAAGACCUGUAGUCAGGAGAUCAAUGACAGGUAUCAGAGCUCCAGUCAGGACUCUAGAGACUCUGCCACUUCCAGUCUGACCACAGAGAAAACAUCCCUCCGCCCCGACCACAACUCAACCACAGACAGACCCGCCAAGUCGAACCCUAACACCAACCGCAGGAAAAGACUGGUCAGGCAGUUCAGCUUUAACCAUGAGGAUGAGGAUAAUCUCCCAGAGGCCCUUGCAGCGAUCUCUUCCCGGAGCAUUGGGAAGUGUGGAUCUAACAACUCACUGGACAACCAGACACAACCCUCCAUAUAUCCUCAGGAAACAAACACACAGAUGGACAUGCCGAUACUGGAGCUGAGGAGUCCAUGCUGUGAGCGUUCUGCCUCUCCCCACCUCUCCCCUUCCUACUACCACACCUCCAUCCCUCCCCUGGUACCCUGCCUCGCCUCUCACACCAACAGCGGGGAAGAGAUGAGGUUGGGCAGAGAGAAGAUUCUCAGGGCUCUCCUGAUGACGGAGCUCUGAGUCCGUGACCCUUGUGACAUCAUGGAUGCCUCAUGGACCCGGUGUGAGACGACCUUCAGGAGUCCCACGUCCACUGGCUGCACUCAGCAGUCUGCAUUUACUGUACAUAAUGCAGUCAACCUUUCUAGAUUUGCAUACAAAAGACUUUACUGAAGUGUUAUUUUAAAGGGAACAAGUUUUAUGUCUACCCAGAAUACACACCCUGUAAUAACAUGUUCCCACACUACACACCCUGUAAUAACAUGUUCCCACACUACACACCCUGUAAUAACAUGUUCCCACACUAUACACCCUGUAAUAACAUGUUCCCACACUAGACACCCUGUAAUAACAUGUUCCCACACUAUACACCCUGUAAUAACAUGUUCCCACACUAUACACCCUGUAAUAACAUGUUCCCACACUAGACACCCUGUAAUGACAUGUUCCCACACUACACACCCUGUAACAACAUGUUCCCACACUGCACACCCUGUAAUAACAUGUUCCCACACUACACACCCUGUAAUAACAUGUUCCCACACUGCACACCCUGUAACAACAUGUUCCCACACUGCACACCCAGUAACAACAUGCUCCCACACUGCACACCCUGUAACAACAUGCUCCCACACUGCACACCCUGUAACAACAUGUUCCCACACUGCACACCCAGUAACAACAUGCUCCCACACUGCACACCCUGUAACAACAUGCUCCCACACUGCACACCCUGUAACAACAUGCUCCCACACUAUACACCCUGUAAUAACAUGCUCCGAGAGAAUCACAUAUCCCUGCAGACAGGCAGGCAGGCAGACAGACAGACAGAGGGACGGGUGACGAUGAAAGAUGAAUGCUAAAGUAGUAAGGUUACUGCUGGGAAUCCUACACAAUCAAAGCCCUAACUGUUUAAAUGAUGACACAAAUAAUUUGUCAUGACUUAUUGUAUUGUCAUGUUGAUCUGCUCUAAUGAAACUGCUACAUGCUGGUAUCUGUUCCCAGGUGAAAAUCUGCAGAGCUGCAGUCCCGGUCUUGUCCUGUAGAUGGAGACACACCCAAACAGACUGCAGCUUGAAUCAGUUGUAGUUGCCAAUAACCACUACCUGGAUCAGGCCUUUUUACAUCCUCCCUAUGGUUAAUCUUAGAAUUAAUCUGAUCCUAGGCCUGUGGUUACAUGGAACUAACUGGAGAGUGUGAGUCAGAGCUCAGGUUACAGCUCUGCCAUGUUUCUGUGCAGUUCCUUUUGCUGUUCUUGUCUAUGUUCUAUACCCCUGUGUUUAACCUGAAUAAAGACAACGUGUUAACUUUAACAAACA